AUGGGUGAGUCUUUAAACCUCAAAUAUACACCUUUCUCACCAGACCAUCUUGCAAGGACAUACUAUGUUGUUCUCCAGGCUGGUCAAAUAAGCUUCCGAGCUGCCCUUGAUACAGGUUCUGCCGACUUUUGGCUUACUUCCACAGAAUGUACUAACAGCACAUGUAUGUCUGUGCCAAGAUACCCUCUCACCUAUGCCAGUCCCACAUUUGUGUCCAUCAAUAACAACGAGACCGCUUUCGCCGUUAACUAUGCUGAUGGGACUGGUGCAUCUGGGUUCGUUGCCAGAGAAACUGUAGAAGUUGCAAACGUGACGGUUGCAAAUCAGGCAUUUGGCGUUGUUACAAGUUCUAAUAUUACGCUGGUCAGCGAGGUCAGCGGUAUUCUCGGCUUAGGAUUCUCACGACAGUCAGAAAUAUCCGCGAGGGCUGCAAGUGCCACGCCGUUUUUUUCGACCUUGGCUCAGCAAGGCAUACUGGACUAUCCGAUCUUUGGACUGAGUCUUACGAGGAAUGCAACCGGAACGUUUACCCUCGGAGCCAUUGAUGUAUCUGUCGUGCAAAACGUUAGCCAGGUUGUAUGGAACGAGGUCGUAUCAUUCUCUCCGGUCGGUACACAGACCAAUACAUCUGGCUACUUCUAUUGGGCGAUUCGUAUGAGUAGUUUUGCGGUCAAUGGAACACAAUAUACUCCUCAACCGACCUAUCCUGGCCCAAAUGACAAUUCAUCGAUUGCUCUUUUGGACGUCGGCACUACAGGACUAUAUGGCCCAUAUCAAGAUGUAAUACGCUUGUACAGUUCGUUUCCCAGUAGCCGCCUAGUUGACGAGAGUGGCCAAUGGGCCGUACCUUGCGACUCUUCAGCAAUCAUAUCCUUCAGCUUUGGGAACGGAGCCACGUUUGUGUUGGAACCUACCGAUUACAUUAUUGGCCCAGCUGAGGGGAACCCGGACCUCUGUUUGUCUUGGCCUAAAGCUGCACCUCCCAGUACUGAUGGAGUUGACUGGUUGUUAGGAACCCCGUUUUUGCGAACUGUCUACUCAAUAUGGAGUUAUGGAAUUGACUACCAGGAGCCCCCGAUGAUUGGGUUAUAUCCCUACAACAACGCCUCAGCACCUGUACAGCCUUUUUCAGUUGUCGAAUCCUCCCUUUCGUCCGAGUCUGCGACAGUUGCUACCACUCUACCCAAUUUCGUCCUCUCUACACCCACUUACACGACGCCGCCGUACGCAUUUAACACGUCAGUUCCAGCUGUCUAUGGCGAGAUUGUGCAAUCCGAGCUCGCGACGAGCACGUAUAGCCCCCUCAUAGGGACACUUGCCGUUAACGCCACCGCCCUCCCUCAGGUGACUGGUGCAUAUACACUAUUUGUUACGAAUUCGAACGGUGCAGUGGUCACAUCGACAUAUCACAUAACGCAACCGUCAGUAACUUUAGGCGUUCCCCCUGGGUGGAAUAGUGCUGCCUCUCGGAGCGUUCCGGGAGUAGGACUGGCUAUCUCGAUACUGAUCACUCUGGCUGCUGGUACAUGGAUCAUAUAA